UCGUUGUAGUUCCUGGUUGAUGGGAUAACACGCUUUCGGAGUCUUUGCUCAGCACAUAAUAUCAACUUUUUAAAGCAUGGAUUUACAAGAUUCUUAGAUCACAAAACAACCACCAAGCGAAGGAAACACCGAAAGAGAACCGUGUCGGUUGUAGGUUGUGCCGGAGGCAUGUCUGUGUAGACUGUGCUGCACCUUUACUCACAUUAGGCUAAGCUAAGGUAGCGUGUAACCGCCUGCUAAGCGGCUAACUUAACAGCUAGCCUCGGUGCAGAUCAAAAUGACUGACUGCUGCGCCGUACUGAGCUGUGAUUUCAAACCAGGAGAAGCCACCACUGCGCUUUUCAGCUUCCCUGCGGAUCCAGGGCGUUGUAAACAAUGGUUGAACAACUGUCAUCGUGAAGAUUUGUCAUCAGAACCUCCGGAACAGUUGCAUAAACUGUACAAACUCUGUGCAAAGCACUUUGAUCCCUCUAUGAUUUCUCAACAGGGUGCCUCUUGUUGGGUCCUGAGUGAAGAUGCUGUUCCAACAAUAUUUGACCACACAUUAGCUGAGAAUAACCAACCUGCCAGCAACAGAAAACGAGCAGGAGAUCCUUGUGAUGAUGAGCCAACCUCUGUGAAAAAAACGAAAGCAGAUAACACAGAUGGUUUAGAAGUGACUGGACAGACGAGAGACAUAUCUGAAGAGUAUAGUGAAAUACCUAAACUACAGAAUGAUGACCAAAUCCCAGAGGAUGGAGUCGGCUCCAAAGCAAAAGAGACUCUAAAAGUGUAUUUUAAAGAGAUUUUGGCACUGACUGGAUUCAGCAUCAAUGAUGCAAACAUCAACACCGAUGAGCUUGGUGGUGCUCGGGUUCAGCAAGCCCUCAAUCCUAUCUGUGUGGAGAAAAUCGACAAGAAGGAAAUUCUGCAGUUCAGCGAGAACCUCAUGCAGGAGGAGAUCCAGAACAGCCUCAGACAGGCACGCUUCUUCUCUAUUCUGCUUCAGGAUGUGACGAGCAUAGAGGGCAAGGAACAGAUCCCAAUUUUCAUCAGGUCUGUUACUGUCUCUGGGUUCCCACAGAAGUACCUGAUUGGUUUUCUGCCAUGUGAUCUUGAUGCAGAGAAUCUCUUUUACAUGCUCCUUUCUGAGUUAAGAAACAAGUGGGGGCUGAGGAUGGAGCACUGCAGAGGACUCACUUACCUAGUUACAGGCAGUAUUUGCCAGAAAAUUCGGGACCUAACCUGCAAGAUUCUUCAGGAGUUUCCACAGGUAGUUCUGGCACCAAGUGAACCAUAUGCAUUCAACAUAUGGAUCAUUCGCUGCAUGCCAAUGCCCUCCAUUCAGAAGACUGCAGACACUGUUGAGGAAGUGGCCUCAUUACUCAGGAGAACACCAGAGCUAUCCAGUAGAUUGGAGGGAAAUAUCCAGAUGACUUAUGGGCAUAUAAAAGGUGAAGUGGACAGAAUUAAAGCAGCUAUCAGUGGGAAUUGGGAAUAUAGCACUGAUGCCUUCCAGACAAUGAUAGAGAUUCUGGAGCCAUUUCUCAACAGCAUCAAUGAGAUGAUUUCAAAAGUAGAUGAAGAGACUGCUGAACAGAUGGCAAAGCUCAAGCUGGUUUUGAGGAAUUUCAACUUCAUCAUCACACUUAUUGUUCUGAAGAACACACUCUGUUGUGUGAGUAUACUCAACUCAAGUCUCAGGGGAAUAAUAAGCAUCAGCAGUACCUUGCAGUACACCAUUUCCAAUGCCUUAAAGCUGGUGAACAAAUAUCAACAGGAGCUUGCUGUUUUUCACAAGAAAUGGAUUGCAGAUGCAGUUGGCCGAGCCAAAAAGCUGGGAGUAGAGGUUAUCAAACCAGAAGUUGACCAUGAAGAUGCAGCUGAAACACCACUGGAGGACUUUUACAGAGAAACUCUGAGCAGGCCAAUCUUACAGUAUCUUGUUGCAGAGUUGAAGAGGGUGUUUAGCGUUGAGAUGGUGAGGAUUCUGCGAUGGCUUUCACUUGUGCCAUCCUACAUGGCUGACCACAAUUUUAGCAUUCGCAGAGAUAAAGUAGCAGAUGCUAACUUGAACAACCUGGCAAGGCCAGACUCGUUCUACGAAGAGCUGGGCUGUUGGGAAGUGAAGUGGAGGCAUGCCAGCAAGCGCAGAAUUCUACCAACCACAGUCUUUGCCACUCUCAAGAUUCCUGAUAUAGAGUUUUAUCCGAAUGUCCAGAGCUUGCUGCGCGUCUUGGGCACUGUUCCGUGUGUCAACGCAGAGGCAGACGUGUACGGCCAGUAUCACAUGGUACUGGAACGAUGCCAGGCCUACUUAAAAGCCACACCAGUGGACCAACGACAGUGCAGCAUGGCAUAUAUUUAUGUCAACCAAGAUGUGCACUUCAGUGUUGAACAAAUGGUGGAAUUGUACGUCCAAAAGCAUCCAGACAUCCUGCAGCUGCUUCACACAAAUGAAGACACAAAAGAAAAACCUAUCAAAUUGGAAGCCCACGGAAACCAUGCAGAAAAAGACACUGAAGAAGAAUUACAGAUCUUAAAUCUUGAGAUGGAUGCUGAAAGGCUUGUGGAGAUGAAAUGUGCAGAGACUGAUCGAGAAGCUCUCAAAGCUGCCUUACAGUCUGCGAUGACAGCUGCAUUCACUAGUCAAAACAGGGUAGCUAGUGACAAUUCUGCUCAGGAUGGAGAAGUUGAAUAUGUCACCAAGUCUGAAAUGAAAGAAGUUCUCUCAGUGUGUGAGAGUGCUGUCAGGGAGAGAAUCCUCACUGAAGUGGGAAGUUCAUUCUUUUCCUUGUUUAUUGACCGUGUUGUCAAAUUUGGGGAGAAAGACUACCUCCCACUCUUUCUACGCUUUGUGGACAGUUUCGAUGUCAUGCGACUGGAGCUGAUUGGAUUCCUUGAGGUUGAUCUCGAUUGCGAUAUGAUGGUGCAGCGUCUCAUGGAAAUAGUUACGGAAGUGUGGCGUCUUGAUUUGAACAACUGCAGAGGUCAAGCAUACCUAGGCUCUGGUGAUGUCUCUUACAAGCUGAAAGCUUUUGCCUGUAAAGUCCAAGAGAAGUAUCCUCUUGCUAUAAGCACACACUGCUCAGCCUACUCAUUUAACACUUGGUGGUCAAAGACCACCCCAGUCCCUGCAGUUAAAAGAGCUAUAGACACAUUUGAAGACGUUUUGACGUUUUUUGGUAGCAGUGCUAAUUUAGAAAAACAGCUUGACCAAGUGAUAGCCAAUGGUCUGAAAGAAAGCUAUGAAAAGGCCCAGAGGUUGCAAGGGACAUUCUGUCUCCAGUGGCCGGAGAAGCACGAUUCCUAUGAGGUGUUUGUGCAGAUGAUGGAGCCCUUGGUUGAAUGUUUGGAGAAAGUAAAGAACAACCCACAGAGGUGGACCUCAGUGAUGUCAGAGCAGGCUGGUGCCCUUCUUGGCAAUUUGUUGGAGUUUGACUUCAUCAUGGCCAUGGUGGUUUUAAAGAAUGCAUCCUCCUUUACCAGAGAGCUGAGUGCUGGUCUUCAAAAAGACCACUUCAGUGCUGUGUCUCAUCUUUGCCAAAUCAGUGGUAUUGUGGCUUCCCUGAACAGAGUUAAAACAAAUAUGAAGGUGUUUCACCAAAACUGGUUUGAUGAGGCAUGUGCGAUGGCAAAAAAUCUUAAAGUACAGAUUGAAGUGCCUGAACAGUCUUUGCCAAAGGAUGGUAUGAUAAAGCCAGUUGGUUACUACAAAGACAGUUUAAGUGUGCCCCUGGUGGAUAACCUAAUUAAUACAGUUAAGGACCAUUUUUCAGAUGACCACAUUGAAGCUCUCAACUUCCUCUCUCUGGUGCCGUGCUCUGUCACAGUCAGUUACAUGUUUGAGAGAUUGAAGUCAAAGCCCCCGCUCUACAGCAGUGAUCUUCCUGACGCUGACAACUUUUUCACUGAGCUUUGCUGUUGGAGGGUAACUUGGAAAACCAAGGUGGCUUCUGUGACUGUCCCAAGCUCCAUAUUUCAUACAUUGCGUUUGCCACUAAUGCAAUACUUUGGAAACAUCAAUACACUGCUAAGGAUUAUGGCUGUGUUACCAAGCACAGCGCUGGAAGAUUGUGAUGUUGUAAUGCGCCACAAAAAAUUCCAGGAAUAUCUGAGAAAUACAGAUCCUAAAGACAGGUCCACAUGCUUGGCCAUGCUGCAGGUGGGAACGGACUUCAAGAGAGAUCUGGAUCGCAUGGUUGCUCAGUGUUUGAAGAUUACUCCCCAAGCAUUGGAGGGUAUUUGUCUGGACCAGGAAUCCAAAAAUUUCAACAAGAAUGCUGAAAACAACAUGGAAGUUGAUCCUGUCAACGAGACAGUGGAGCAGCCCCAACCUGAACUGUGCCCUGACAAAAUUGUGGCUCAAGAAAUAAAAGUUGAGAUAGUGGAUGAAAAUGACAGUACUGGAGAUAAUCGACAAAGUCUAGCAACAGUGUUCAGAUUUGCGGCACUGCUUGGAAAAAAGAAUUGCAGUCUCUCCGAUCUGUCAGAAGAGGACAAAGACCUUUUAAUCCACGAGCUCAGCAUGUGCCACUGGUUCCAGAGAGAGAACAAAGGUGAUGGUGGCAUGGUCAACCUCCUCAACAAUGCCAUCAGAGAUGCCAUGCUCAAAGAAAUUCAAGAAUCCCCCUUCUUCUCACUUAUCACAGACAAACCCAUUAAAAUUGCAGACAAGACGCAUUUGCCUGUUUUCAUAAGGUAUGUUGGAGAAUCUGCCCCCAAAGUUGAGCUGAUGGGUUUCUUGCCAUUUCAUGAAAAGUGUCACGUUGAUACACAAGCAAAUAACCUUGCAAAGAUUCUCACUGAGGACUGGGGGUUACCAAUGUCUCAAUGUCGAGGACAGGCGUUCAUGCAUAUGGGCCCAGGGUACCAGAGCCUGAAGAAAAUGUCUUUGGAUUUCCUGCAGAGUUACCCACUCUGUGUUGUAACCCCAAGUGAGUCGUGUGGCCUUGCCCAUUGGCUGGUAGGGAGUGUGCCUUGCCCCUCAGUAGCUAAAAUGUUGGAUAUAACUGAAGACCUGCUUCUGUUCUUUGAUCAGUAUCCUGGUCUAGAGGGACAGUUGGCGCAGGCUGUUGAUGGGCUGUUGGAUAUGCCAAGAGAAGCCCUGGAGGAGUUCCCAGAAACAUGUUGCUCGAGGUGGAGAAAGAGAGAGGACUUCUUUGAUAUACUUGCUAACACAUUAGAGGGUAUUCUCAGCUGCCUGGAUGUUGUUAGCUCCAGUGCCACAGGAGCCAAAUUGAUGAAUGCACAAAUCCUCUCCACUGCUCUACGUAAUAUGGAUUUCAUUGUCACCCUUGUGAUUUUAAAGAACGCUUGUGCUCCUCUACGUAACUGCAGCACUGUCUUUCGCUGCGGAAAUCCCGCUGACAUCCUCUGUGAAGUAGAGAAAAUCCCGUCACUCAUAGAGACUCUGAACAAAAUGUUAGAAAAUGUGAGUACUUUGCACUCCACAUGGUUCGAGCAGGCCUUCCAGCUGGCCUCCAAGGUAGCACCUGAACAAGUGUGCUUUUCAGAGGAAGCUAACAACUAUGAAUCACCCGAGAUAUAUUACAGAGAAAAUCUGAGUGUUCCUCUCCUCAACAGUCUUAUUGAUGAGAUGAAGUUCUGCUUCUCUGAGAGUCACUUGAAAGCCCUGUCAGUCCUCUCAUUGCUGCCUUCCUGCAACCCACAACCAAUUCUUUCCGAGUCCACAGAAAAGCCAUUCAGCCUCUACCUUACAGAUCUACCUGAGCCUGAAGCGGCAGAGCAGGAAGUCAAUAUCUGGGCCUCUGUGUGGAGAGACAAAUUCCAGGAUGUUGCCCCACCAACAUCCAUUGCUGAAACACUGAUUCACCCUGAGUCAAAGAACCAUCCUACCAUUACUCUACUGCUCAGGCUGGUCGCUGUCCUGCCCAGUGUUAGUAUGGAGUAUGAUCUGAUGAAGACCACACUAAAUUCCAUAAGGGAUCUGUUGAAAAACACUUUAUGCAAAGGCAGCAUAGUGGAUCAUGUGAUGCUCCUCUCCCACUGUAAAACCCUGCAGAGGCUACCAGAGGUCAUUGAGAAGUGUGUUGAGGUGGAUCCACAUAGUGUCUCCUGUCUGUCUCAGGUGAUGACAACUUUAAAAAAGCUGAAGUUGAUCAAAGCUGAAGUAAAUACAGAUGAGUCACUGGAGGUUUCCACUGGAGCAGCGGCGCCUAAUGGUGGGGAUGUGAUUUCGGCUGAUACAGAAGUGACGCUGACUGUGGUUCAAGAACCAAGACAAGCUGUGUCUUUCUACGAGCCACAGCUGCGCGAACAGAUCAUCAAGGAACUCUGGGACUCUCAGUUCUUCACCAUUUUUACACAGCAAGCUGUUGAAAUAGAUGGAGAGCUCUACAUUCCCCUGUGCAUCAGGUACCUGCACAAAGAGGACAUCCAGUGUGAGGAGACGCUGGCCUUCAUCCCUUUCAUUGAAGACCCAGUUUCCCUUGCAGAAGCCAUUGAGACUGUCCUCUCUGAGAAGUGGGGGCUGAACAUGGAGUACUGCAGAGGACAGGCUUCACUAAGUGUGGGUGAAUUAGGAGCUCAGAUGAGGGCGGUGAGUGUAGCAAUAAAUACAAAAUAUCCCCAGGCUGUAAGAACUGUCUCUUCUGCUUUGUCGCUCAACCUGUGGCUGGCCAAAUCUUCUCCUGCUCAAGGAGCAGCUGAUGCAUCUUCUCUUGUCAGCAAAAUAUUACACUGGCUCACUGAAGAUGCUGAACGUCAGAACAAACUGGAAGACAUGAUACUUUACGUCUUCAAGGAAGAUGAAAGAAGUGGCUGUGAGCUGCAGGACAAACUCGUCAAAAACUGGGAGAAAUGUCAUGGCAUGCACGAAGUGAUAGUAGAGAUUUUAGAGGCAGUCACGCUCUGCCUAAAUGAGCUGAAAAGUGAGGGAAGUAUUUCAAACCAGCAGCAAGCAUCACAGUACUUGGAUCAAAUCAGAAAUUUUGAUUUUAUCCUCUUUACAGUUGUACAAAAACACGUCCUGAGUGUUACUAAAGAGCUCAGCCACUCUCUCCAGGGCAAACCCUUAGACAUGUUACUUGCUGUGAAAACAAUACCCACCGUUAAAGAAUCCCUCAAUAAACUGAAGAGUGAUAUUGACACGCAUCACAAGGUCUGGUUUGAAGAAGCUGUCACACUGGCUUUUAAACUCCAUGUCCCUAUGUUGCAUUCAGUGCUUCUAGAGCCAUUGGGUGACUUUUACAAAGAAUCAGCAAGCUUAAAAGUUGUGGAGCACUCAAUAGCAGAGAUUGACAACCUCUUCACAGAAAAGGUAUUGGAUACCAUGAGGUGUCUUGAGAUUGUGCCUUACGCAAUGUCCAAAGUAGAAACCAGCAUCCUUAGUGGUCUGGUGUUCCGCCUGUACAAGGAGGACUUACCAGAUCAGGCCUCGCUUCACACUGAGAUUAAGUCAUGGAAGGAAAAAUGGUUCGAUCCCUUGGCUGGCUACCUUCCAACUACUGUCCUCGACACCUUAAAGACAUCGCAUAUAAGAAGUUUUAGUAACAUUGAGACUUUGCUUAGACUCCAGGUCAUCUUGCCAUUUUCAAGAAGGGAGAGUGAUUUCAGGGAAGGGAGAAGAAGCUUACAGGAGUUCAUGGGCCAGAAAAAGAGAUCUAUCUCUGAGCUCCAUCCUCUAUAAGUGUUAGAGGUCUUCCAUCAGUUAGCAGGUUUUAGAAAUGCAUUUGAGAUGCCACCAUUACCAUCUUGUCUUCUUAAUUCAAAAGAUUUCUGUGUACAUUGAUCUAAAUUCUUUAAAAUUUGCUUUCAUCGUUUUCCUGCAAACCGGUCUCUACGUUAUUUUUUAUGUCUGUAGUCUGUUCUAUGAAAUUGCCCAGUGGGACCAAUGUCAUGGGGGGGAAAAAAAGCAAUGCUCCACUGAUGGUUAUCAAUGCUUGUGUGCCUUUGAUGCAAAUCUAAUAAUUCACCCCAUGUGUUAUGAUUAUACAUAAGUCAAAAUUUGUCCCAUUGCUGUGUGAAACAACUCUAUUUUUAUCAUAAAAUGACCAGACUGAUUUCUGUAUCGAUAGAUCCAUUAUACCUAUGGAAUUGCACCCUUACUCUGUCCUGGGCACAAGUAGAAGUAGUUCCAUGUUCUUCUCAGAUGAUUUCUAAUGUCACCUGUUUCUUUGCAGGAAUGAUUUUGCUGUAAACGUAUGCUUAAAAGAUUGUUUCCUUCAGAGGGAAAUCCUUCGUAUAUAUAUUUGUCAGAAAAGUAAUAAAGGAAUUGAAAAAAA